CGCUUCCAAUUAUUCACUAAAUUAUGCAAUUUCAAAACAAUUGCCAGUGUACUACUUGUAGCAACCACAGUAUCCGUAUUCACAGCCGCGUUCGCCAACAGGAUAUUCUUUGAGAACGGAAAGGACGCUGGAAUGAGCAAGCCCUUCACCUUUGACUCCAAUUCAAGCGGGCCGCCGGCGCUGAGCGAUACAUUGAUGCGUGCGCUGAGCGGCAACUCGGACGACUUUAAGAGCGGGCUCACGCUGCUGCUGCCGACAAACCAGGCAUUCACGAGCCUGGGGGAAAUCCCCGAUGACCUGGACAUAGUGAUGAAGCGGCAUGUUAUUGCGCAGACCGUGACGCCGGCGAUGAUGAAGGCGGGGCUUACUGUCGACUCGUACGAGAAGCAGACGCUGCUGCGGUUCUCCUCGUCCUCGGGCAAAGUGUAUGUGCAGGCGGGGACGCAGCGGCCUGUCGAGGUGCGUGGGCAGGGCACGGUGGCCGAUAAUGGCGUGUACUAUUUGGUCGGCGCGCUGUUUAUUUGAGAUGUGUAAUUUUUUU